AUGGACAGCCGACGACCAAAACCAGUUUUCUUGUCCAUUUUCCUUGCCUUUUUCUUCCCCAUUUCAAUUUCCUUCUCCACACCGGACCUCAACUCUCAAUACCUCACGCCGGAAGCCGACACUAUUCUCUCGCUAGACCUGAUCCACAGAGACCACAUCCGAACCCCCUAUCCCAACCCAACCCGGCAGUCUCUCCUCAGACACCGUCUCCACCGUGACCACCGCAGGGCCCAGGCACUCUCUGCCCCGAUGCUCUCCGGGUUUCCCCUGGGGAUCGGUGAGUACUUUGUCCGCAUGGCGGUCGGCACGCCACAGAAGCACUUUUACAUGGUGGCCGACACGGGGAGCGAUCUCGUCUGGCUCCAGUGCCUCCCGUGUGAAUACUGCUACAAUCAGUCCGACGCACUUUUCGACCCGACCCGAUCCAGCUCGUUCUCUCCCGUCCACUGUGCCUCCGAGCUCUGCCGCCAGCUCGACUACAUGUCUGACAACUGCACUGCCCGCGACACGUGCCGCUACCAAAUCAGUUACGGCGACGGAUCCUUCUCGACGGGCGAGCUCUCGACAGAGACAGUGUGGUUCGGUAGGAAAAAGAAGGUGCCCCACGUUGCCCUGGGCUGUGGGCAUGACAACAAGGGCCUCUUUUUUGCGGCCGCAGGUCUGUUGGGCCUGGGCCCGGGGAAUCUAUCCUUCCCAAGCCAGGCCCGGACCAACUUCUCCUACUGCCUGACCGACAUAUUGUUUGAGCAACCCAAUAGGACGUCUUGGAUCCGGUUCGGAUCCCCGUCAGCCACCAACGCCCAAUUCACCCCUCUUAAGGACAAUCUCAAGUUUAUUCAGACCCCUUAUUACUACGUUGGUCUCGAAGGAAUCUUGGUCGGAGGCAAAAAUGUGGGCGGUAUUCAUAAAUCAGUUUUCAAGAUGCACUCAAACGGGUCUGGCGGGACGAUCGUGGACUCGGGCACGACGGUCAGCCGCCUGCCGGGGCCGGCAUACAGGGCGCUGAGGGACGCCUUCGUGGCCAAGUCCGGCCUCAAGCCAUCCUCCAAUUUCUCGUUGCUUGACACGUGUUUCAAGUUGUCUAGGAAGGCUUACUUGAAGGUACCCACCGUGGCUCUGCGCUUCGAGGGUGGGGCCAUCAUGGAGUUGCCGCGGAUUAAUUACUUGCUUCCGGUGGACCCCAAUGGUACUCACUGCUUUACGUUUGCAGCCGCGGAUCCCGGCAGUGUGUCAAUAAUCGGGAAUAUUCAGCAGCAGGGUUUCGAGUUCUGGUUUGACUCCGCCGGUAAACGGCUCGGGUUUGCCCCGAAUAGAUGUUGA